AGGAUAAUAGAAAACGGGAGAGAAAGGUGAGAAGGAUGGGGAGAGAGGAAAGGAAGAGAAGCGGAGAAGUCAAGUGGAGAGAUCAGAAAGCCUGCGGUGCAAAAAGUGUAAAGAGGCGAAAAAAAGGCGUUUCGACGGUGGUCUUCAAGCACAUGUCGGUAGUGAAUAAUUGUGACCCAAUGCCCGUGAGUUUCUUCCAAAUGGGCACCAUCGGAUCUUUGAAGCAAAACAUUUGGAUUUCGGCGAGUCCCGUGCUGGUGGACGAUGUGCCCGACGUCAUUGCCACGCCACACGCCACGGAUAGCGGUGACCAAAGCCAUGGAGGUGCGGGUAUAGCAAGGCCCGUGGGCUUGCCCCGCUUGCUAUACCCUAUAUCCGAUGCGUUACCGCCCCGUGAGCGAGCACGGGAACGUCGAGACAGUUUUCAUGCACCGAGAUGGCCAAUCCACAACACCAAGAUUUCCACCGCCAGCUUCUUACAUCAAGAAUUUACAACAUGCGACAGUAUCCACCCCGUUGUCACCGGCACCGGGUAUUAGACCUACUGUUCAACGGAGGGCCUAGCAGAUUGUCUCGUCAACUAAUUCCAAACCGACUAUAGUACGACGCAUGAUUUGAUAUUGGCAUAUUUCAUAUUCGUAUAUGGCAUUUCAUAAUUAAUAAAAUAAAUUCAUAAUUCAAUAA